UUUUUUCCUCCAAGCCGCCAGGGGGCGCUCCCGCCCCGCGCCGCCGUACCGCGGGCGGCGCUCUGGCCCCGCUUCCUUGCCGGGAGCUGAUUGGUGCGUGGCGGCGGUGACGCCAUUCCCGGUGGCCGCGCUGUGCCUGCGGGACCCUCGGGACCCCCGGCCCCGCUCCUCUCCCGAGCCAUGGAGUUCCCCGCCGUUCUCUUCCCCUCUUACUUCGGUGCCGGCCCGCCGCGGGAAGAGGGCGGCCCGGCGCCGGCCGCUGGCUGGGGCGAGCACGGCCAGGUGCUGGAGGGCAGCCUCGGCCCCAGCCGCCAUCAGGCGCAGCCGGCGUUCGUGCCCCGCCGAGGCGGGAAGGACGAAACUUGGAACCCUGCCGAGGCCGCGGCCGUGCCGGUGCUGCCGCCCGGCGCCGGCCGCUGGAUCCCGUCGCCCACUCCUCAGGACAUCCUGUACCGCAACAGUGUGUGCAGGAAGCUCCGGGCAGGCAGGUCUGGAGCCACCCUGGACUUUGCCAAGCAGCUGGGCCAUUUCUUUGUGGAUCAUCCGGAGGACGCAUUUGGCUCCAUGGGGCGGCUGCUGCACAAGAACUUCUACCUGGGCAACUCCAGCCUGAAGGUCAGUGUCAGUCCUGGGGGGAACAGGCUGUCGCCCACCAUUCCCCCUGCAGCCCCAACCUCUGCCUGCUCCUCCCCGCAGAGGCCAGCCCGGAGCACCGCCAUCCGGAUGACAGCCCUGAUGGAGGACAUUGACCGUCUGGAGGCCCGGCGCGGCUGCCACAGGCAGCACUUGGCCUCCCGCCUGCGCUGGUUCUCUCACCUGUGCCGUGACUGGCUCUUUGAGGUGCCACUGGGGCUGCUGGCGGACUGCCUGCACGAGGAGCUGCUGCUGCAGUGGUCUGACCUGCUCUUCGAUGACAGCCUCACAGGGGGGGCACUGGCCUGGCUGCCCCCCGGCGACACAAAGUCACGGACAGGCCGCCUGGUGUACCCUGGAGGGCAGGCCAUGAACCACCUCUUUUUCCAGGACAUGGUGCUGGAGGAGCUGCCCCGUGCCCGAGGCUCCCCGGCACAGUUUGAACUCAGCGGACGCAUCCGGCAGGUGGCUGCAGCCCGAGUGGAUGGGGAAGAUUUCAUUGGGGUCCGCUCAGACUAUCACUGCGGAGUUUGGAGGGUGCCAGGCAGGACAGGGACAGCUCCCACCCCACUGCAGGUCAUCCAUACUGAUGUGCCUGCCUCCUGCCUCACUGUCAGCCCUCACCUUCCCGGGGAGCUGGCAGUCUGCACUCAGAGUGGGACCAUCUACCUCUGGAGCGUCGAGACAGGGCUGCAGCAGCUCCGCCAUGACCCCCAGACCAUGUUUUUUCGGGACCAUUCACCCUGGCGCUGGAGUGACUUCACCGCCCACCCACGGGUGCUGAGCUGUGCCGACCGCACCGGCUUGCAGUGCCUGGAUGCCCGGGCCCCCAAGAAAUGCCACUUCGACUUAUUCAAGGUGGGCGAGGAAGCGGGCUGCCAGCAGGGCGAGCGCGUGGUGCUGCCCCUGUACCUGGGCAGGGCUCACCCCUCACAGUACCUUGUCACCACCCAGUUCUCCGUGUACGUGCUGGACGAGCGGUUGCCACUGGUGCCUGUGCUGAAGUGGGCACACAUGAUGAAGGCCCCCCCGCUCUUUGCCCACCUGAUGCCAGGGGAUCCUGGGAGGACCCAUAAAGUGCUGCUCGGCGCAUCCUGCACCCAGGAACUGUUGCUGCUGCAAUACCGGGGGGGCAGCCAGUCGGCCUGCCAGCUGGCGGGGGCUCCACAGAAGCUGCACAGCAUCGCUGGGUGCCUGCAGCACCUGCCCACCCAGCUCCCACACCGCCACCGCCUGCUCCAGCAGCGCCUCGGAGCCCCGGCUGCAGGGCUGGCCGCCAUGCUGCAAGAGGAUGGGACGUGUGAGACCAUGCUGGUUUUCCAGCUCUCCGAGGCUGGGGAUGUCUUCUGCCAGAGGCUGACCCACGAGGCAGUGCUUCCCCCUGCACCCACCUUGAGGGAUGAGGCCACAACAGCCCCUGGCUCUUCCCCUCUCUUCGAGGCUCCAGCCAGCAGCCCACUGGGCUUGGGCAGUGAGGAGGAAGAAGAGGAGGAAGAGCAAACGUUCUACUUGUCCAACCUGGAGGUGAUUAUCAACGAGGAGGAGGAGGAGGAGAACACAGGCACACCAGCACCCCCAGAGGAAGCUGAACUGCCCCAGGAGCCCUGUGCCAGCCCCCAGCCCACCCCAGCGGUGCCCAGCCCAGCUGCAGCCCUGCGGUACCACCGCUGGUUGAGGGCUCUUUUCAGAGGCUGCAGGGAGCCCCCCCAGCGCUCCUUGCCCCCCAGCCUCAGCCAGAGGCGCCUCUUCACCCGCAAAGAGCUGGAAGGGCCAACGGGUCCCACUGCCCUGCAGAGGCAAGUGCGGCAGCAGCUGCGCCAGGCCAUGCGGGAAGGGGGCCACAUCCAGCGCUGGGAGCCCAUGGCCCUCCAGCCCCCUGCCCUGCCACAGCCCCUGGAGCCAGAGGGGGGUCCAGACCUCCUGAGCACCCGUCUGACAGCAGCCUGGUCCGGGGACUGGGAGCAGUGGUGGGAGGACAGGACGAGCUUCAGCAUGGCACAGAGACAGCGGGCGCUGCGGGAGCGGCGGCGGCGGCAGAAACGAGCACGGGGCCGGCGCAGCCUCUCGGCCAGUUUUACCUCCUCCCUCACCUACCAGUCGGAGCUGUCCGAGCUCAGCGAUGCAGGACCCCUGCUGCUUUCCCCAAGCCGCCCACACGUUCUCUCCCAGGAGAGCUCCCCCCCAGCCAGCAGCCCCCUACCCGGCAGCCCCCCGGCCUCGCCGGCACCCGAUGAAGCGCUCCUGUCCUCGCAGAGCCUGCGCUGCCGCGGCAUCCCCAAGGAGCGGCGGAAGACGCUGCGGGACUACCUGUCGGUGUGGGCCGAGGGGCCCCCUGAGCCCCCAGAGCUCCCUGGUAGCCAGGCCAGCCAGCUCUGCAUCCCCUCCUCCCAGAGCCAGCUCUCUUCUGCCUCGCAGACCCGCCGCAAGCGCCCACGCAUGGGCUUCUGAGUGCCAAUAAACCCGCCUGGCACAGCCUCCCA